UUGAAUUCCACUCGCUCAGACCCGCACCCGCCUCGCGGCCGCCGCACGUCCCCGCCGCACGCCGCGAUCGGCUUCUGAAAACUUUUGUCAAUCGCAGUGUCCCCGUGGUGUUUCUGUGUCAUGUGAUAGUGCAGUGCCGGAAAUGGAGUCGACGCCGAUAUGUCGGUGCCGCGUGCUGUACCUGGGCUCCGCCGUGCCCCAGCAGAGCAAGGACGGCCUGCAGGGCAUCCAGGAGCCCCUGCGCGAGCUGUACCCGGAGAAGGGGGCGACCACUGGCGGCAUAGACUCGUGGCUCUCGGUGUGGUCGAACGGCAUCCUGCUGGAGAACGUGGACGAGAGCGGGUCGCGCGUCUCGCGGUUCUUCCCUAUAUCUAGCCUGCACUACUGCGCGGCCGUCCGGCGCGUCAGCGUCGAGAGUGCGCCCCGGUUCCUGCCCCUGGACUCCCCGUUCGCCCGCGCGCCGGCCGCCCGCCGCCCGCCGCUGUUCGCCGCGGUGCUGCGCCGCACGCAGGGCAUCAAGGUCCUCGAGUGCCACGCGUUCGUCUGCCGGCGCGAGGCGGCCGCCAACGCGCUCGUCCGGUGCUGCUUCCACGCGUACGCCGACAGCUCGUACGCCAAGCGGCUGGAGGCGGAGCGGGCGCCGUCGCAGCUGCCGCCGGAGCCCGACGAGGAAGUGGAGGUGUACGACGGCGACGAGAACCACAAGGUGUGGGUCGGCGAGUUCGACCGCGAGGACUCCGGCGACGAGGCCCCGCACCAGACGCGCGCGCCGCGCCCGCGCCAGAUCGCGCGCCCGGCCUCCGUGCCGCCCCCGCCGCCGCCGCCCGAGGAGCCCCGGCGGAAGUCGACCGCCAAGAAGAGCAAGAAGAAGUCGUCCGCGUCGGCCGACGAGCUGUACGCGACGAUGCCGGGGUCGGGCGCGACGAACGGGAGGGCGGCGGGGCGCGGGCCGCCGGGCUGGGCGCCGCACCCCGUGAUGCUGGUGGCGCACCCGGCGGCGACGCUGCCGCACGCGCGGCCGGCCACGCUGGGUCACCGCGGGCGCGUGCCGGCGGCGCUGGCGGGCCCCUUCCCGCCGCCGCCGGCGCGGGGCCGCCUGCAGUACGCGACGGUGGACCCGCGCCGCUCGAAGCCGCCGCCGGCCGCGAUGAAGGCGGCGCAGAGCAUGACGGGGCUGGAGGCGGCGGACGACGCGGGCGGCAUCUACCGCCGGAAAGGCCACCUCAACGAGCGGGCCUUCUCCUACAGCAUCCGCCAGGAGCACCGCAGCCGGUCGCACGGCUCCCUCGCCAACCUCAAGUUCGCCGCUCCGCCGGAGGUGGAGACAGGUCGCGAGGAGCUGAAGAAGGAGCGCGAGAUCAUGCAGCUGGUGGCGGGGCUGCAGCUGUCCGAUGAUGAGCGCCCGCUGCCCCCACACGUCAUGCGCAUGAGGCACGGACCCAGAUAACACAACACAACAGGCUGUUUGGCCACUUCCCGCGGACCAAGGAAGAGGAAAAAAGGCGAAAAUACUUAAAUAUUCUACGUCGACUGUGCUAUUAUAGCGGAUACGUAAUUCGUUGGCGCAAAAAAGUCUUCCUCGAUUUGAAUCGAAAGAUAUUUAGUUUUAUUACCAAUAUUAAAAUAUAAAAAACACAACGAAAUGUACGUUUAAAGCUGGCUAUAUACGAGCCGUUAUUAAAAUAGGCUUUUGUAGACCAAAUUGCACCAUUAAUGGUUGUAAACCGUCUUUUUGUAAACUGUAUUAUUUGGAGUCACGCGGUGUACAGCCAUUCCAGAUGAACGUCUUCUGUAUAUCCAGCAAAAUGAAAUAGCAAAAACAAUAAUAAUAAAAUUGUAAUUAUUAAGUUAAGUUGGGGCAAAAGGACUUUUUGUACUUUUUAUAAUGUCUUCUUGCUCUACCUGACAAAGGUUUUUUUAUUGUAAAUAUUUUUUUUACGUAAAAACUUACGGUAUUGAUCUAUUGCUGCUAAAGUCUGGUCGCUGGAUAGAGAGAAAUUUUAGAAAAAGAGAAAAGCUACUCAUAUACAAGAUGUUAGUGUAAACACCGUUAUCCUUGAUACCAUCAAAUGA